CGCUAUCCCUCUUGUUACUCGGUGUCACGUCGGACGCCAGACAUUCGGCGGGCAUUCACACGCCCUUUUUUCCAGGAUUACUCGUAUUUUUCCGUUCGUACCCUUGGCUCAGGGGUGCCUGUCGUCGUGUAUCGUUUUCACCUUGCAUCGGGUUAACUUGUUUCUUUUAUAACAUACACACCACAGCUUAUUUGAGCUGCGUGUGUCUGUUCUGGACUGCGUGGCGCGCUCUGUCUAUCGUAGGAUGCUAGCUGUCAGUCGGACGUGACAGAUCACCAAACGCGAAUCCUAUCUCGGUUUAUAUUUUCACAGCGUCGCAUUACGUUGCCGGUAUUGUUCGAUCUGUAUCAAUUUAAAUCAAUUUCCUUUCUAUUUAUUAUUAUUUUUACGUAUGACACUUUAAUAGGAUAAAAGUAAAUAAAACUAACUGAAGUGGUACAUAAAUAAAAUGAGAAUUAAGUUUCAUCUGUGUCCAGUGUCGUCACUUUACUGCCGGGGAUUCGUGCGAUCUUCCGGUCUAGAUGGUUAGGCACAAAUGAAACAACCGACUAGUCAAACAAAUACCGUGCUGUGCUCUUUGACCCUGACCCGACUGAUAAUUCUACGGCCAUUAGGUUCCGAUUUAACUUCCAUCAGCAUCGCCGUGAAGAUGCAAAGCUCGAAGAGGACCCUGCGCUCGAACGAGAUGGCCAUACCAACUAGUGGCAUGCUGGAUACAGAACUAGAGCUUCAAUUUGCCCUACAGUACCCCCAUUUUCUCAAGAGAGACGGAAACAAACUUUUGAUACUGUUGCAAAGGAGAAAACGAUAUAAAAAUCGUACGAUGCUCGGAUACAAGACCCUUGCUGAAGGAGUCAUCAAUAUGGCUCAAGUGCUACAGAAGCAAAUGGAUUUGGAACUCGAACUGGUGUCAGACAAGGCUGAAAAGUACGGUGGUCAUUCGGUCGCUUUAGCUCGUGUGAGCGUGAUCGCACUGACCUCUCAGCCGGUCGACCAGGACAAAAGACUGAUGAAUGAUCCGAACGAAAGGCUUUGCCCGGAGUACAGCGACGAAGAGGAGGAAUUCAGCUCGGAAGGCGAGGCAGAAGGUAGCGACAGCGAGCCGACUCUCGAGAUGCAUAGACGAAAGAGCCGAGCGAAGAUUCCAGCGAAUGCCAGGCAAAGGAAUCUGAAGCAAAAGUUUAUAGCCCUUCUGAAACGACGGUUCAGGGUAUCCGAGGAUCUGGAUCAGGAUCAAGAAGAGAUCGGUCAGAAGCUUUCAGAGUCGUUAACCCAGUACGCUGGAUUUGUUAAAGGCGGAGACAUGGAGAUCGAGGAAUUGUUCGACGAACUCGAAGAUUUGUCAGAUAGCGGUCCAGAAUUGGACACCAUGUCCGUCAGUAGCACACCUAAACCAUCCUUACGACCUUUCUUCAGCUCUAGUAGAUCGCUUCUCGCGCCUCCUCAUUCCGUAGUUACCAACGAGGAGACCGGAAGCACUCCUACGACAGCCGUAGGUCACCAGAGCGCAGGUCAGCCAGCUAAAGAGAAACACCGUAUCGGACACACCACUCCAGAACGUGGCGUGGAUAGGCAAAGCGAUGAUAGCUCCCGACGCGCGGACAGCGAUUCACACCCCGAAAAUUGGACAGAUCACGAGGCGAACGAUCCACCGAAUUACGUUCCUGGCUCCCCGCCGAAAUCGGAGCAGCACAAUAAGAGCGAGAGUUCCGACAGACGGAGCAGACUUUUUACUCGCGACAGAGGUGCACCGGGUAGUAAUAAGUCGAAAAAACACAACCUGAGCGUUGAUUUAAAGCCACCCGCCGACUUGAAUAGCUCCGAGCCAAGGAAGGCGUUAGUCGAGCAAUUAAGUCGGGUUUUACCGGAUGACAGUUUGCCAGACUCGGUAUCGCUGGUCUCGUUAGCUGAUCCUGGCGGAGCUGUGCUUGCCACGAGACUUCAGGAAAGGAACCACAGAGUACUGACAACCGCUUCUCCAGCGGACAUUCGUGCCACGUUCACGUGCUUGGUCACGCGAAUACAAAAAUUUUGUAACAGCUCCGCAAAGCCGCCGGCGCCCAUCAAAGUGGUGAUCGCAGGUGGCGAUAGUUUUGUAAACGCGGUUCUGCGUUAUUACGUGGACCAGCUCAGCUUUCGACCGCCAGAUUGGCAAAAUUAUCUGAAAUUUCUGAUCGUGCCGCUCGGUUCCAAUACGCUAUCUAAAUAUCUCAGUUCGAUAGACACAAAGUACUCUAUGCUUUUCGGCGAGGAAUGGAAGGAAUUGCUCGAGAGAGAAGGAGGUGGCGUGAGCGAGGGUGCCGCCAGGGUGUCGGAGUAUUUAGCAGCCGCUGGUACGACUUUACUGCUACCAAUUGCUGAAGCCAUGGUCACCUACAGAGAGAUAGACGACAGCAGCCAAAUAUUCAUCCCGUUCAUAAACGACGUUCGAGUAGGCUGUCCAGAUAGCAGUUCCUCAGCAUCGGUAGAUCUCGAGGAAAGUAACGUUACCAUGUCUGGUUCUCCACCCUCGUUACCACCCCCGGGAUUACCUGUUCCACCUCCUGGUCGAUUAACACCACCCAGCAGUCCUAAUGUUGGUCAACCUUCGAGAGAAGGCUGGGAACCAGUCGAGUUACAACUUGAUUACUGGAGCAAACAAACCCAAGGUGAAAAAGGCAAGAACACGUUGAGACAAGCGUUCAGAGCCUUACACGUUCAGAGACUUCCACCAUUGGGAGAAACGCCUGGUCAUCAUCUGUCCAUGAAUUACACCACCAAGGAGAAGAAACAGAAAAUAAUGAGAUUGGGCAAAAAGAAAGAAAAGGAAAAGGAAAAUGAGCCAAAGAGUCAGACAGUCGAAGGCGUGACGCGACUUAUAUGUUCUGCGAAAACUCACAACAUUCCAUUAAGAGUGAGCAUCGACGGUACCGAGCGGUACGGUGUGAAAUUCUUCCAACUAUCAGCGCAAUGGCAAACGCACAUCAAGACAUUUCCGAUAGCUUUGUUGGAAUACAGUUCUCAACAACAAGUUCCCAAUCCUACGUAAACUUCCUUUUUUUUUCCUAUACGUGAGAGGCUAGAUAUUUUUGCCGAUUUCGUUUGUGUUCAUGGAUAUUGCCAAUUAGGAUCAUCAGCUUGGCUUACGCGCAGAUCCAAUAACCAUCAAAUCUUUAAAACAAAAAACGAAAGAAAAGAAAAAAAGAAAAAGAAACAUAAUGCAAUAGAGAACGAGUUUGAACAGUGAAAGAAAAAUUUGCUUCUUUAAGCUGGAUGUCGUCGAAGCUGAUUCAAGCAAGUAAGUACCUCAGUGUUGUUUCCGUUUUGUUUGAUUCUUCCUUUUCUUUCACCUGUCGUAGUCUGUUAUUAAUAGUAAUCAAAAAUGUUGUACAUGUAUUCCUGCGUGAAAAAACGGAAAGAAGUGUACGGAACACUGGAAGUGGGUAACACAUAUCGUAUUACAAUUAACAUAAAUGAUGAUGAUGAUGAUGAUGGAAAAUGCUGUAUUGUUUGAAACAAUUUACACGUUAGAACACGUUUAAUAUCGUUUGAAAAAAAAUAGUUCGCGAUUCUCGGGUGUAAACUGUGUGUGUAUUUUUUUUUUUUUUUUUUUUUUUUUUUUUAAAUUAUAACGUUUCUUUGAUAUCGUAGUUGGUCUCUUCAGGAUCAAACGACUGACUAAUUAUGGUGUAAGUUUUGUGUGGUUGUUUAUAUCGUCGUCCGGUUCACUGACUACAAAUUAGAAGAGAUUUUCUAUUAGUCAGCUGACUAAAAAUGUUAACGAAACAUAAUAUGUAUUCGAAAGAAAAAGGACUUUGUCUACACCUGGAGGACAUAAAUUACACUUAUCGCCUAAAAGUAUUUUGAAAAUUUCAUUUUCAGUAAAUGAGCAGAUACUUUCAGACGAUAGUGCACGUUCGAAACAAUAAUUGAAGGCAGUGUAAGUCUGAAAACAAUCACGUCUGAUAUCGCUUUUAUAAAAAGAGAAAAACAGAACUGUUCAAAUCGGUUGCUCCUCCCUAUCCUCGAGCCACCCUUCGAUGUAAAUAUAGGAUUUUUAAAAAAUGGACAACAAGCAUAGAGAAGCAUCGGUUUUAUCGCGAGAACUGAUAUUGCUAAGAUAGAUCUUUGUCUAAAUCGCACGUCUAAGCGUUAAAUUAUGUAUUUAUUUAAAAUAAUGUAUUCUAUACGAUCGCGUGUAAGGAGCAUCAUAUACGGGGUGAUGUUAUCGAAGAAAAAAGUCUGUGAUACAGGCAAAAUUUCUCUUAGCGCACAAACCGUUGUUUAGAGAAAAAUGUGACUGUGUAGUUCGCAAAAUUUGAACGAUAAAAAAAAGAAACAGUUUUGCGAGUCCUUUAUAAAAGAGAAGAAAAAAAAAAUGAUGACGACGACGAAUAGAGCUCAUUAGUUGUUACACUCCUUUUCUCGUUUAAGAUUUCGACGUACAGUGGUUGGAAAAAGUAAUAGAAACACUUUUUAAUCUUGCAAAUUAAAUGUUAAUAAAACAAUUUUUAAAUCAAUUUUUUAAAUUUAAUUUCUUAUAAAAAUAUUCAAAUUUAAAAUGGUGAUUACAGAAAUGUAAACUAAAGGCAUUGAAUUAAUUUAUACAAAUUUAGAAGAUUAAAAAUUAAAUUUUAAUUCUAAAUGGAUUAGCAAAAAUUUAAUUCUGCCAUCUUAAAGUAUUAAUAUUAACUGGAUCUAUAUUGCAACGAAUGUGUUAAUUAUAAUUCUUUCCCUUUGUUGAAUUAUUCGACAUCAUCAGUAUUCGAUACAGUAUUGAUUCUUCAAAUUCUAACCAUUUCACAGUGUUUCCAAUCAUUUUCUCCGCCCUCUGUACAUUUUUUUUCUAUUCCAUUUUAUAUAGACUUUUAGCCCCAGGCUGCUGCUAGUUUAAAUACUCUAUUUUCGGAUUUUAUUAUUUAAUAACUUUUAUUCCUCUUAAAAACGACCUUCUUCCCUGACUUCUACCUAGAAAUGAUAUAUACUCAUUCGCGAUUAUUAUUUAGAAAUAAUAAUUAACCAUAGACGAAAAAUGUUGAAAAGGAUAUUUAAGGAUAUUUACGCAUUUUUUCGAUAUGAAGUCUAUAAUAUACGUAAUAGUGUAAUUAAGAAAGAAACGAUAAAAUUCUACAUUUCUUAUUAUUAUUCUUAGCGCUAGUUUCCUUUAUUUUUUCUUUUUUCAAUCAAAGAUCAGAGUUCAAGUUCCCUUAACAUUUAGAAAAGAUCAUAUCACGAGAAACAAUACACGAUAAGAAACUGAAGCACGUUAACGUGGGUCUUUGAGAGAGAAUGAGAGCGUGUACAAUUAAAUAGAGAAUUUCCAUCGAGGAAAUGAUAAGCGUAGCAGUAACUUUAAUUCCUUCUUUUUUUCCAUUUAACAAUGAAAGAAACAGAGAACCAUGCACUGUUCUCGGCGAUGUGUUAGCCGUCGCUCAGACUGCCUAAUGCCAAAUUGAAAGAGUAUGCGCGCGCGCGCGCGUGUGUGUGUGUGUGUGUGUGUGUGUGUGUGUGAGAGAGAGAAAUAAACAGAGAAAUGUUUAUUCGAUUUGUCCAGACGAAUUCAAAGACUUGAGAACAGAAAUAUUCUGUGAGAAAAAGAAAUGCUAUUCGUUGGUGGCGAUUUUUAUCUAAUUGACAAUGGAAAACUGAUUCCACGAACACACACGAGUAUGUAAUCCCCUUUUCCAUGUUCUUUGCUAGUCCGCAAUUAGUUUUUAACGAAACUUGUGCAAACGUAUAUAGUGUUACAUUUUACAGUUUUUAAACGGCUCAGAGCAAUACCCGUUUCUUACGGAUUCCUGGCGUAAAUAGUUCAUUUUAACCCUUUGCGCUCUGAAUUUUCUAAUCGAAUCGGCUCGAGUAUCCGAGACGUAUGAAUUUUCGACUGUAUCCGAUUGCAACUGAGUUUCUAAGCAAUGUUCGAUUACUAAUUCUAUUUCUCUUUCGUGCAAUGGUUGUUAUAUAAAUUAAUAAUUUUUGAAGAUAAAUAGUUGUAAGAAUCGAUACUACUGUUUGAGUAUCUUGAAAAGGUAUUUGAAUGGAAAUGUGUGCCUGAAAGGCAUAUUUGGAGAGCAAAGGGUUAAAAGUAGCAGUAGACAGCGUGAUGUAAUCUGCGAUCGUGUUAAUUCGUUUAUAUGUGAUUUAUAUUUGGCAAAAAAAAAAUGAUAAAAAUAGGUGUUAUAGAGAUAGAGUUGUGAAUUUAAAAAAAAAAAAAAAAUAAAUAAUAAUAAUAAUAAUAAUAAUAAUUGAUGUAUAAAAGAUUAACCCUCUUGCUAUUUACAACCCUGCUCAUCCAAUGCAAAACCUUCAUAAUCGAAAGUAUCGACAAAAAUUUUCAAAUGAAAAUUAAAAAUAACAACAUUUAUGUAAUUACCCAAGGGUAGCGAAAGGGUUAAUAGAGAUAGAGGUAGUAAAAAACAAAUGGCUCAAAACAAUUAAAAAUUCAUAUGUUUAAAUAUCAUUUCUUUUCUUUAAUUAAUAUGUUAAGAAAAUAUAAUUCUGUUAUACGUAUAAAUUGUUUAUAUCGUUUAUUAACGUUCAGUUUAUUUAUUUCUUAGAAAUCUGAUGUUUUAACAAAUUUGAACAAUUCAAUAACUUGAAAAUUAUUAUUUUUACCAACAGAUGUGACUCCAAUGUAAAGGGGUUGAUAUUAAAAAAUGAAAAGUGUUUCGUUUCAUCACCUCCUGUGUGUGAAAAAAAAAAAAAAAAAUAAAAAAUAAAAAAUAAAAAAAAUACAGAUAUUAUCAACCACCGCGGCCGUACAGCGGUUAAGUUAAAUUGAUCCUAAAUAAAAUAUUAUUUAAUCUUUGUUUUGUUGUGAUGUACAAUAAAAGUUUGAACGGCGCGGCGCAGAAGGGGUUAAAAGAUGCAAAGCUUUCCAACGCCAGCUUCUUUUCGUAUUCCCUUGAAAGAGAGGCCUCCGACUCGUCCUAGUUUACAAAAGCACUCGAAAAAGGCAAAAGCUGUGAGCUUUUAGAGAAGUAUGCUAACAGCCUGAGCAAAUGACUAAAAGCCAAGAAAGAGACGUUUGUCGGAUACACACACGCGCUGUUUACUGUCUCCUCUUUGAAUCAUCCUAGAUGAUUCAGCAAUCGAACCUGCCAUAACAUGUAUACAUAUAUAUGUUUAUACAAUACACGUAUAAAUAUAUAAAUAUUAUACAUAGACGUGUAUAUAAAUAUACUCCCGCAUUUGAUAAUGUACGGCGUUGCUUCGCAGUUUUGCACAAUAUCGUUGUGUUUUUUUUUCAUAAGGAGAUCACGUCUCCUACUUGCACGAUUUGGUAUAAAUAUAUAAUAAAAUUUCAUUCGUUUCAAUUUACUUACUUAAUGUUGAGUUAAUUACUUUGAUUUGGUAUAUAAAUUGUUACAUGUAGAUUUCAAAUUAUUUACAAUACUGACAAUGAGUGAGUUAUAAUAAACAUUUACAUAGCUUACAAUUAGAAAAAUUUCAGAAGACUCGUCUAAACGUUAGAAUAAUAGAUAUAAUGAAUAUUUUUUUGCUAAUUCUUCUUUUGCCAGAGAAGGGAAUAAGUGAGUGUAGAACUUUUCAAGACGUUUAAUGGAAAUUAAAUGGAAAUCGAUGCUUGUAGGCGACGCCAUCGAGAAUCGUCGGUGUUGACGAUUAAAUUAACAUUGCAAUCUACAAACGUUUGAACGAUACCGUUUCAAUGACACCAAUUUUCACCGACAUUCUGUAAUAUUAUACAGUUCAAAAGUAUGAGGUUGGUAUACAUACAUAUGUAUAUCAGAUGUAUAGUUUAUCGAAAUGUAUAGUUUAAUACAAUUUGGUUACAUAAAAUGAAAUUUGAAGACCAACGCCUCGCGUUGUGCAACAUAUUAUAUUGUUUCUCUAUGUUAACUAUGUAUCUGUUGAUCAAUAUUGAACCAACGAAUACACGCAAUGUCAGUGAAAUUGAUGUUACCGAAAUAUUCCCUAUUUUCAUCAAUAAUUCAAUGCAACUGAAUAAAGCACAUUUCAAUUCGCGUUUGUAGAGACUCGUGAACGUAUGUAUUCAGUAUUGAGGCUGGUUUCGUUUGAUGCGCACUAGUAAGCUGAUAAAGUUCUAAGCGAUUUUACGUGUCGUAAUGUUCCUCGAUCUUUUCCCACCUUCCGAUUUUCAUCAUUUUUACAUUUCCCCGUAUACGUAUCACGUUUCGUCACCGCUUUGCUUACGUUUUCUCAACCGUCGAACUUGUAUUGUGUAACGAAUAAGCUUUGUUAAGACCACGCGAGGUUUUACCCGACUUUUAGAAACACGUAAGUAAAGAACGUGUAAACGACGAUAAUGACAGAGCUGUAACACAUGCUCAUGGUCCCAUUUGUGAUCGAUCAGAAAGAAUAUUAUACUCCUUUUCUAAAAAUACUUGAGAAAUUCUCAUCGAAUUCCUUGGAAAUAGCCAAACGUGAACCCUUAACCCUUUAGUCGUUAAUCAUUUUUCUCCCUGGAGAUUCUCCCUCGGUUACAACAGAAUAAUUUACGCAACUCUUCCUCGUUAAGACUUAACAAUAAUUAACACUUUUAUUUACUGCAAAGCUAUUAAUAGAAUUCUUCUUCAUUGAAAAACCAAUUAACAAACCUUUAAUCGUUAUUAAUUGAUCUAGAACGUAAUGACAAUUAGUAAUGAAGGUUACUCCUUUUAUUUUUUAGUUACUAUGUAUUAAAUGUUAUAGAACGAUAAUACUUAUCUAUUUCAUUUCUAGUCGAAAUGCGAGCAAGUUGUGAUACGAAAUGAUUUAAAAAAAAAAAAAAGAAGAAAGAAAAAAUAAUAGAUCAACGCUAUCUGAAACCUUUCGAAUAUUUCAAAAGUGGACCGUGAGCACGUUUAUCAGACAAGCAUAUUCUAUAAGCGUUUGCUAUAAUGUAUUGUUCUUAUCGGUGUAUUAGUAUGUUUAAAACGCGAACGGGCAAGCAGGCCCAAGCUCAAAGCUUACAAUAAUUAAAAGGCAAAAAGAGGUGAUUAAUAAUAUAUUAUACGCGUGUGUUUGGUACCAGCGAAUAAAAACAUAAAAAAAAAAAUUAACGAAGAAAAUGCGAUCAAUUAGAAACACAUAUAUGCGAGUCGUUUCGUUAUCAUCGGCGUUCUUUUAGACGUCCUUUUGUCGCGCUUACGAGGCAGCAGGCGUCUAAAAUCUAUAUGUACAUAUGAUAUUCACUUGUUAUCAAUAAUAUUGGGGAGUUCAAUUAAAAGGGCUGCUGUAAAA